UAUAUCACCUCACACCAAGACAGCAUGACCGUCACGGCAACCAAGUUCACCCCCAAGGUGAUGCUCUCGGCGCCGCGUCGGUCGCCGGGAGUCCCCAAUGCGUCGGGCACCCUAGCUUUAUAUACGGUGUCGACAUAUUCCUUCGACGACCACAGAAAGACGUUCCAAAUCAGAGUGCUCCGCAUUCAGUCUGGACUGUCGGAGGUUCUGGUCCACGAUGCCAAAUCCAGCGAGCCUGUGUGGCUCAGUGAAGACGAGUUCCUCCACCUGAAGAGCUGGGACGAUGGCACCACAAGCAUCAUGGUGCGUCGAGCACUAUCCCCGAAUGACCCGGGCUAUGAGGUAGCCUCCAUAAAGGCGCCCAUAUCCAAUGUCAAGGUCAAGAAGCUCCCUAAUGGCACAAUUGCAUUUGCCUGCUCCGCCCUGGCGACCCCCGAUGGCCACCUGUACAAUUCCGAGACGGCCAAGAAACCAUAUUCCAGUGCCAAGGUCUAUACGAGUCUCUUUGUCCGUCACUGGGACACAUGGACGACCAAAAACCGCAAUUCCAUCUUCUUCGGGGUACUCGAGCAGCACGAUGGCAAGUACUCACUGCGAAAUGGUGCCCUCACAAAUGCCCUAGCGGGGACUGAUCUUUCCUCGCCCGUCGAGCCCUUUGGAGGCACCGGUGACUUCGACAUUGGCCCGGCAGGGUUGGUAUUCGUGGCUAAGAACCCGGAGCUCGACCCUGCCAUCUACACCAAGACAGAUCUUUACUUUAUCCCCUUGGAAACCUUCACCGAGUCCAAGGUCCCCUCCCCACAGCUCAUCGAGACUCCCGGCCUCGAGGGCUACUCAAACAGCCCCGUGUUCUCCCACUGCGGUCGCAAGGUAGCCUUUACGCGCAUGCGCAGCAAGCAAUACGAAAGCGACAAGCCGCGGCUGCUCCUCAUACCCGACAUCACCGACCUUUCCCAGUCAGUACAAGAAUUCUACGCCACAAAAGACGGCGAAGGCGGUUGGGACGCCCGGCCAGAGUCCAUAAUUUGGUCGCACGACGACUCCAAGCUCUACGUCACCGCCGAACGCUGGGCGCGGACGCUCCUCUGGCAACUGCCCUCGGACCCGGCCAAGACCGCCGCCGCCAACCUGCCCACGCCGCUCAAAACCCCCGACGGCAGCGUCACCAGCUUCCACCUCCUCCACCGCAACUCCCAAGUCCUCUUCGUCACCACCACCUCGCUCGUCGACAACAGCUGCUACUCCCUCGUGAACCCAACCGCCACCCCACCCUCCUUCUCAAUCCUCUCAUCCAACUCACGCCAGGGUAAGACCCUGGGCCUGUCGCGCGACAGCGUGAGCUCCAUCACCUUCCCUGGCGCAGGCGGGGAAUAUGACGUGCACGCGCUGGUGGUGACGCCGAGCAAUUUCGACCGCAGCAAGAAGUAUCCGCUGUGCAUGCUGAUCCACGGCGGGCCGCAGGGCGCCUGGCUCGACGCCUGGAGUACACGCUGGAACCCGGCUGUUUUCGCCGAGCAAGGGUAUGUCGUGGUCUGUCCCAACCCCACGGGGAGUACGGGCUAUGGCAUGGCGUUGCAGAAUGGAAUUAGGGGACAGUGGGGUGGCAGGCCGUAUGAGGAUUUGGUUUGUUGUUUGGAGUAUGUUUUGAAGGAAAUGGAGUUUGUGGAUGGGGAGAGGGCGGUGGCGUUGGGCGCUAGUUACGGGGGUUAUAUGAUCAAUUGGAUCCAGGGGCAUCCCCUCGGCCGCCGGUUCAAGGCGCUGGUCUGCCACGACGGCGUCUUCAGCACGCUGAAUCAGUGGUGCAGCGAGGAGCUGUUCUUCCCGAUCCAUGACUUUGAGGGGACCAUCUAUGACAACCGCGAGGCCUACGAGAAGUGGGAUCCGGCGAAGUUUGUGAAUGAGUGGGUGACGCCUCAGUUGAUCAUCCACAGCGAACUGGACUACCGGCUGCCCAUUACCGAGGGCCUGGCCCCGUUCAAUAUCCUGCAGGCGAAGAAGAUCCCCAGCAAACUGCUGAUGUUCCCAGAUGAAAACCAUUGGGUUUUGAAACCCGAGAACUCGCUUGUUUGGCAUCGUGAGGUGCUAGGCUGGAUUAACAAGUAUGCCGGGGUGGGGGACGAACAGGAACUCGCUGACCAAGUGGAUGGGUUGAGGGUGGAAUAGAGAUGGCCAUCUUUGGAGGACUCACUUGAGCGAGUCUGGAGAAAGCAAGGGAAUUGGUUGUGAGCUUAUAGCACCAAGUUCUCUGAACCAGGUGGCAUCCUAAAGAUAUGUUAGGGAUAUCAUGUGCAGUGAUAAAAUGCACACAGUAAGGUGCAGAAGAUUGGAAAUGCACCGAUGGUUGAUAUGUGUGCUCUUUACUGAGAUGGUAGGACUUCUGAUUCUCACAUAUACACGACAAGAUCUGUAUCUAAAUAGAUUCAAUUUGUGCA